AUGCGGCUCCCCAGGCGUCGCAGAGCGCGAUCACUGAGCAAAGAGAGAGCUCGCAACUUUCGGCAAAGAGGCGAGGAGACACAAGCCAUCACGACUACGUCGGUGGUGGCCUUCUCCGUUGGUGCUUUGCUCGUCGUGUUCCUGUGGGCGAGGGCCGUCGGGCAGGAAGGAUCUAAGGAGGAGGAUAGCUUGGAAUGGCUGCGCUUGAGAAAACAGUAUCUCGUUAGCCAGCUGGCGAUUGCCGACUCCCAGGUGGCGCAGCUUGGGGGGGCGGACGAUAGCAACAACGUUCACAAUCCUGGGUUGAGCAACAACGGAGAGCCGCUAGCUCUUCCGCGAAAGGGGAGCGGAGGGCCUCAACGGGGCUCUGUUGAUGUGCGUGCAGGGGGCGACGGGGUGACUGGCGAGGGGGUAGAGGCGGAAGGGCACUUCAUCUUGGGGCUUUCUGCGGAAGGUUUCGGAUCUACCCCUGUGGAUGAGAUGAUGGCGAGAUACGAUACACGCGCUUGCGAUGGAUCGUUCGGGAACGGUCUGGUGGAUGCGUGGAGACGGACGGGGACGGAGUGCUGCCAACCCGCCGAAGCACUAGCUGACGGCCCGGACGCUUCUUCCAUCCACUGCCACUUGAUCCACCAGGAUGACCACCACGGCAACGGCGACAACCUGGUGCACAUGAAAAACGUGCAGCUCGACCUGGGAGACUUCAAGGACCAGGACGUGGCGACGAGGGUCAUGAGAGCGUACAAGAAUUCACAGCACGAGAAGCAAGCCUACGUGGGGCUCCGGCGGGGCGCCGUGAGGGGUACCUGCUCUCCAAAGGGGGCCAGCUGGCAAGAGAAAUUUUUUCCUGGAUGGAACGCAGACUGGACGACGAAGAGUUUCCAACCCGUGGACCAGUUGGAGUGCGAUGGCUGGGUUGAUCAUCCCGUCAUGGUGAUUCAGCGGGACACCUUCGCAAAUCUGUUUCACGACUCGGAAGAUUUCGUCAACGCCUUCCUGGCGAUGUCUAUCCUCAGAAAACGCCCGCGGGAUGUGCAGGUGCUGCUGACCGACCUUUAUCCGCGAGGACCGUUUUGGCCCAUGUGGGACAAGGUGUUCGGAGUGGGACGCCCAACGCUGACGGCAUGGGAAGUUGGGCUGGAGUAUGGCGAAUUGAAGGUGUGCUUUAGGGACCUUACCGUUGGCAUCUUUGGCCCCGCCGCUCCGACGACAAUGGCCAGGAUGGUGACCCCCUGCUUUCACACGGCGCUCGUCAGGGCUUACUCGGACUUCGUCAUCAGAGGCCUAGAUCUCCAGGGGAUGACGAGCUACGCGUCCCCUCCCUCGAAGAAGGUGGUGGUCACGUGGAUGGCUAGGAGGUCUUCCGUUCAGUGGCCCGAGCGAGCUUUUUGCAGCGAGGACGGGAGGGAUUCGUUUUUCACGUGCGAGUACUUCAGCCACCUCGACACGCGGGAACUGCAGCGCAAGAUCAAGAACGAGGCAGAUGUUGUGCAAGGACUUAAGGCCCUGGAGGGCGAAGAGUUUCCCAACGGUGCUGUCGUGGAGGUUCGGGACGCGGACUACAACCUCCUCAGCUUCGAGGAGCAGAUCAAGCACGACCUAGAGACGGACAUAAUGAUCGGUCCGCACGGGGCCGGAUUGUUCCACAUAAUCUUCACCCCUGACCGAGCCAGCCUCAUCGAGCUCCAGAUAGACCAGACCAAGGCCCGGAAGCACUUCAAUAACCUGGCCAAGUGGUCGGGCCACGGCUACAAAGCGGCGGGCGGGCCCAACCCCGUGAAUGUGGCGGACACAGUAGGCAUGGUGCGGGAGGCCAUCGGCGACAUGGACCUUUCCAGGCACUGAUGGUUUGUUUGGGGUGUUGGUUGGUGUAUCUGUCCUUGCUUGAUUUUUUUCUCGAGAUGAGGGUCGGACCCGGCCAGCACAUCCUC